AUGGCAUUUAAUAAAAUUUUUGUAUUAUUCAUAUUCUUAUCAAUUUUCAAGUAUUGUUAUUCCCAAGAUGUAAUUGAAUUAACUGAUGCAAAUUUUGAACAAUUAACACAAAUAUCAACAGGGAAUACUACAGGUUCAUGGUUUAUAAAAUUUUAUGCACCUUGGUGCUCUCAUUGUAAAGCUAUUAGUAAAACAUGGACACAAUUAGCCGCUGAAUUAAAAGAUCAAAUAAAUGUGGCAAAAAUUGAUGUUACUACAAACUCAAAAACGAGAAAAAGAUUUAAAAUAGAAGGCUUUCCAACUUUAAUAUUUUUUAAAAAUGGAAAAAUGUAUGAUUAUAAAAACCACGAUAGAUCUUUAGAGGCAUUUAAAAAUUUUGCUUUGGAAAAUUAUAAAAAUAUCAAAGCAUUAGAUCCUCCUUUACCUCUUACUUUUAUUGAUAUGCUUAAAGAUUUUGUUUUUGAAACAAUUGCAAAUAUAGACAGAAUUUACAAAUAUGCCUUUCCAUCUUUAGCUGUUAUAUCAUGUAUUUCAUUUUUAAUUGGAUUAUUUUUUGGUUUCAUUUUACUAAGAUGUUGCAGAAAAACAAAAACUACACCAACAAAAACUAGAGCAUCACAAAAAAAAAAAGACUAA